AUGGCCAAGUCUCUUCUCGUCCAAAAAGGAGUCACAUAUCCCAAACACUACUGCUCCGUCGCCCUAUGUUGUCCUUCACGCGGCAACCUCUGGACCGGCCACAUGCUACAUAACACCAAUGUGACCGACGUCUCAGCCCCCUACGGUGGCUACCCCAAAGUGGUAUCAGCCGGCUGGAACGAUAACUAUCUUCCACCCUGGAUGCAAGACGCAGGGUACAACACGUACUACGUGGGCAAGCUGUGGAACAGCCACACCGAACAAAUUUACAACAAGCCCUACGUACGAGGCUUCAACGGGUCUGACUUUCUCCUCGACCCCUGGACAUAUCGCUACUACUAUGCGCGGAUGACUCGUAAUGGGCAACCUCCUGUCAAUUACAAUGGGAACUACUCAAUCGACAUUAUUGCUGACAAGGCUGCGGGCUUCUUUGAUGAGGCGCUGAAGCUGGAUCGUCCGUGGAUGUUGACAGUGGCUUCUAAUGCGCCACAUGCAAACGGAUCGCAUAGUCCAGAGCGUGAUGCUACUUGGUUCGGACGGCCGGAGUAUGCACCUCGCCAUGCGAAUCUCUUCAACCAUCACACGGCGCCUCGCGAUGCAAGUUUCAAUAAGUUGGUUGACGGGGCUGUGAGCUGGUUUGAGAAUAUUCCCGAGUUGAGCCAGAAGGAGAUUGAUUAUAUCGAUCUCUUCCAGAGGUGUCGGUUGCGUGCGUUGCAAGCCGUGGAUGAUCUGAUUGAGAGGCUGAUUGAUAAGCUUGAGAAGGUGGGCGAGCUGGAUAAUAAUUAUAUCUUUUAUUCGACCGAUAAUAGUCAUCAUCUAGGUCAACACCGUAUGCAGCCAGGGAAGAACUGCGGGUUUGGUAAGUUUGUGCUCAAUGCACGAGUGUUGCCUGUACUUAUAACAACAGAAACCGAUAUUAAUGUCCCAUUGAUUGUUCGUGGCCCUGGUCUCCCCGAGAACCAGACCUUCGACGCCGUCACUAGCCACACAGAUCUUGCACCGACCUUCUUAUCCUUGCCAAAGCUACAAGGGAGGGACUCGAUGGAAAAGCUAUCCCGAGGAUAUUACGGACCAGCGAUACGGAUGAGAAGACGGAACAUGUCGCCAUCGCGUACUGGGUUCUGGUUGUGCCUGAGGGUAUCUACGGCUAUGCUAGCGACAAGGACAACCAAGUCGGCAACAGCUACAAAAACAAUACUUAUAAGGGAAUCCGGUUGA